GGGGGACAUCGGAAAAGCGCGCCCGUCUACUGUGACAUCGCGUGGAAACCCAAGCAAAGCACGUGGAUGAGCCAAAGUGACGCGCGGAAGAUGUCGAAGUGAAUGUGCGGCGGCUGGUUUUGUUUGUUUCCGCAAAGACGACUUCACUAGAUCACGCAAGAUGCUUCAGCUCGGAAGUUUGUUUACUCUCAGCCCGAGAGCUUCAGAAAAUUCCCCAGGCCAGAGUCGACAACAAACGCUACCUGAAUUCGUGCUACAUAUCAGGAAAGUCACUGGGCUGAGUAAGGAGAAUGUUUACUGUAACCUGCGGCUACCAGACCAGUUCCAGGCAAUUAAAGAUGACAUCAGCAUUAUUCUUGUAGCGGGGCAAGGCCUCUACUGUAUAGAUGUCAAACUCUGGAGAGGGAAGGUCUCAGCUCACAACCUAAAGUGGCACAUCCAAGUGCAAGAACGUGACCAAUGCAUCAGCAACACGAGCAUCGAGCAGACAGAAGAUCCUCUCAAAGCCAUCCUGGAAAAGACAGCAAAUGUAUGUGGGCACCUGAGAAGGAACGGUGUGUCUGUGCAUCAGAACCAGGUCUUUCCCAAAGUCGUCUUUCUCUCUGAAGACUGCCAACUAGAUGAGGAGCUUGAGAAAAAGACAGAGCUGAUCCCUCACAACCAAAUAGACAGCUUCCUCAGGUCUCUCCAGGCAGGUUACAUUGGCUGGAUAUCGGAUGCCCUCACCCCCUCCUGGCUCUCUGGUCAUCUGUCAUACAGACAAAUGGAGUCGGUGCGCGGGGUCCUGAAGAAAGUGGGAACUUGGGAUCUGAUGCAGCUUCGUUCGGGCGAGCAGCUGAGAGGAGACUACCAGGGCUGCCAGUAUAUCGCUGUCAACCGUCAGGACACGGACAUACUUGAGUUCUCCGGAGUCAAGACUCUGUCCACUGACUCCCUGUGGGCCCUGCUGGGUCACAAUCCUCAGGUCACCGCCAAACUAUACAAGCGUGGCUCCCCCGGCUGGCUGGGUAAGACCGUGACCGCUUCCACCACCAUCUCCUCCAGCACCUUUGUCGUCUUCAAGAUCAGUGGAGAGGAGGCGGAUUCCAAAAUUCCCGCUGGUUCUAUUCACAGCAUCACACUCAGCAUAUGAUGAAUGACAGUGAACUGAAUGUGGCUCGACUGAAUUUAGUGGAGCUGAAGUGUAUGAUGAGAGACAGCGAGGAAACAUUGCUCUUUAUAUAUGCAGUUAAAUGCGUGACUUUUUAAGGACAAUGAAUUUGGGACUAUGCAAAUAGCACAGCAGCUCAUCUUAAGUCAACACUUCCAUAUGAAUGGACACCUAGUGUUGUGUAUUGGCAACUGAUUUUCCACUUCAGCUUUGAACUUGAGCAAAAGUACAUUCAAGCAAGUGCCUUAUUCUGAGUCUAGUUCUGUGAGUGACUUUAGAUGGGAAAAUUAGUGCUCAUUUCUAGAAAUGAGUUUGUAACUGAAUGGGGAGAAAUGAGCACUAAUGUCUUUGUUGUUGUGCUAAUACCCACAAGUCGGUUAGCCAAGCUGCUUAGUUAGUUAAUCAUUACUGUCACCUGGUUACCACUGAAGAAUUAUUUGUGUUAAAUCAAGUUGUGGAACAACUGAUCUCAUUUGGAAAUGCACUUGAAGUGUGACCAUCCAGUCAGCUGCAUUUACAGAUGAUUAUAUAUAUCUGUGUCCCGAGGAACAGGUUGUGAAGGCUCACUUCUUUUGGUGACAAAAUGCACCUACGUCAAUAUCAGGUUCAGGUGUGACUCUUCUUCACAGGAGGUGUGUGAUUUGCGAAACUGAGGGCUUUAUCCGCUUUAUCCCCACUUUGUUUACAGUUUUUUCAAGAGAAAGCUAUGCAGUUGUCUCACACAAAGAGUCUUCAUUUAAUGGGCUGUUCAAAUCUACACUUCAUGACUGACAUUAGGAGAGAAAAAAAACAGAAGUACAAGUGGUUAAGGUUGGUGGAACGUGCCCGCCACUGCCCUCAGAAGGCCUCCUUUAAACUCCAAGGAAGGGCAGUUAAAAUCUCUCGCAGCCAAAGCUCCACUUCCCUGUCAGUCCAAACCAGCUGAUGUGCACCGUCCUGCCUGCACACUUGGACCACCUUUGUGUUUAACACCAGUUGAAUGACAGAGACUUGGCUCAGUUCUGUCUCUCUGUUCCGGUACAGUAUCAUCGAUUCAUCGACUGGAAAAGGUGUUUUUCAUGCGUACGCACACACAACAGGUGUUAAUUAAGAUCAUAAUGCUGACCUAACCGUCUUAUAUCAUGCAUCUUAUGGUCUUUACAAAGUAAUAACUUCAACCUGCAGCAACGUCAGGUUGAGAGACUUCAUCAGGGAGAGGACAUUUGAAACAUAUGAAUGACUCUGUGAAGUUGGAUUUGGAGAUUGGCUGCUCUUUAACGUAAGGUUUCACGAAUGUAGACGCAUAUUUUGGAAGCGCUCACCAGUACUAUUCAUUCACAGCCAGCUUGAACGGCUGUGCUAACAGCUAGCAAUUGUAUUCUUGGUGCCUGGCAAUGGCCUAAACUCAGUUAUUUCCAUCAAGAUAUCAGUGCCUUUAGCUAAUGCAAUAGAAGGAGCUCUCUGUGUGGAUGUUAUCUUCAGCUACCUGAAAACAUGACUCUUAACUCCUCUUUUUUACAAUGUCUGUUUUACCUGAGGGAUGCUGACAAAACCACUGUGUACGUUCAUAUUCAGGUCAUUUGUAGAGCAAGGUGUUUGCAUGUUUUCAACUAAUGUGUGACCUCUAUAGGGAUUUGUUCAGGUACUGCUCACUCUUGAGCAGGUGUCACAAAUGGUUGUUAUUUCUCUUCAAGCACUUUUAAUGCUGAGUGGAGGCUCUUCAUUUCUUUAUAUUCCAUGUGAGUGUCUGUUAGAAGGGUUUGUCCUCAUCUGCUCUGUUAUAAUUGUACAGGAACUUAUCAAGUAUGGUGUUUUUGUAAGUGUUUGUAAUCGUCAAACUCAAGUGUUGGUCAUCCCCCCCCCAAAAAAAUGUUUCAAUACAGGAUCCCGUUGCAAUAAUAUGACUAUUGUUUCAUCAUGAAGGUCUUUGAUGCCACAUUAAACAUGUUUUAUUCAAUCAAUUUUAAGAAUUUUGUUUCAGCUGUUUAUCUGGUUUUAAAAUAUUGGUGCCUUUUUUAACCGUGGUUUUGUCUUUCAGUUGUGACUUUAUGUACUUUUAUUGAUGUUUGUAGACACGUCAGCAAAUGGUUGAAUGGUUCCAUUAGUUGUCUGUUUGUUGUAUUACAAUUAUACUGUCAUUGUUGUAAGUUGGAGUAAAAUAAUCUCAUCUCCACAUCAGCUGGAAACUGUAAACAACAAAGGCUGCGUCCUCUCAACUGUAACUGAAAAGAAUCAUAGUACUGUGGAUGGAGCCUACACAAGCCAUUGGUUAUGUUUAUGUUGUUGUUUAGCGUAAUGACU